CCUUCUUCCUUCUUCCGUCUCUUCAUUGUCUCUUUCUACUCAGCAGACAGGCGAAACGCCUUUGAUUUCCAUUGUAUCUCCCUUGAUGUCUCCUCCGAAAACCACCGCCAAGAUAAGGCACAGAUGCGUUGCUUGCUUCAAGAUGUUCAAUAGACGCCAGCACCUUGUUGAGCACAUGAAGAUAUCGCACCACUCACUUCAUCAGCCUCGCUGUGGGGUUUGCUUCAAGCACUGUAAAUCCUUCGAAUCUGUUCGGGAACACCUUAACGUUCCGGACCAUCUUUUCAAAGGAGACUGCAAGUCCAUUUUCUCUGAACGAGGCUGUACUCUCUGUCUUCAAAUUUUCGAGGACGCCACUGCUCUCGCUGACCAUAAAAACAAGUGUCACCUCUCUGCACCUCUUCCUCUUGUCACUCCUACUAGGACUCUUGGUGUAAAUACACGUCUCAAGGCUGUAGCAAUUGACUGUGAAAUGGUUGGUGGUGGUGAUGAUGGGUCAACUGAUCUCUGUGCAUCAAUUUGCCUGGUUGACGAAGACGAGCAUGUCAUCUUUUCCACUCACGUCCAGCCGCAACUCCCUGUCACCGAUUACAGACACAAGGUAACUGGACUGACCGAAGAAGAUUUGAAGAAUGGUAUGCGGCUUCAGGAUGUACGAGAAAAAGUUUUAGCCAUCUUGUGCGGUGGACAUAAUGAUGGGGCUGGGAGGCUUCUUCUUGUUGGUCAUGACCUUAGGCAUGAUAUGAAGUGCUUGAAACUCCAAUAUCCUAGCCAUUUGUUGAGAGACACAGCAAAAUACGUGCCAUUGAUGAAAACAAAUCUUGUAAGCCAAUCACUCAAGUACCUCACAAGGUCAUAUCUCGGAUACAAGAUACAAUGCGGGAAGCACGAGCCGUACGAGGACUGUGUAGCUGCGAUGAGGCUGUACAAGAGAAUGCGGGAUCAAGAGCAUGGAAAGGCAGAAGAAGAAGGGGAUGGAUUGAACUCGUGGAAACAGAGCGAUCUAGAGAAGAUGAAGCCGGAAGAGCUGUACCACAACUCCACAUCAGAGUACCGCUGCUGGUGCCUUGACCGCCGUUAGAAAUCCAAGUUUCUCAUAAAUAGAGCUCCUCAUUUUCUUGAUAGAGUGAGCUUUCGGUGUUCUUUUUUUUCUUUUGGAUUUAAGCAACUGCUUUUGUGUGACUGGCUUCCUAAGAGGGCGAUACCAACAGCUCUCUCCUUUAGGAACUUGUAUAAAGAAAAGAAUAGGAUCCUCCUCCUUCAUAUUAUAGAUCC